UUCAUUUUCAACUAGGUCCCGCCUUCUCUCUUCCUCCCUCUCACUCGAUCUCCCUCAUCCUCUGCUGCGCCGGAACCCAUACGACACCGUUUUCCGGUAGAGUCUCAACGUCAUGAUUCACCUCUCUAUUUGAUUAAUAUCGAUGACACUUGGUUGGUAAAAGUGCGCGCAUAGCAGAACAAGACAUGGCAAAGGUGGCUAAACCGAGUUCUCAUCGAAUUGGUUCGGGGCCUAUGGUUAAGAAGAAGACACCUUCGGAACUUAGGGGAGAGCUGUUGAAACGGGCAAGCUUUGUGGACAAUAAUGCUGAAUCUCCACCCCUGUUGGCUGAUCCUGCUAAGACCACUGGGGUGAGCAAUGGAUUAAAAAGAACAGGGUUGUGGAAGCCCCCUAGAUACACUGACACACGGGUUGAUGAAGUAUUUGCUGCAAAAAAGCCCAGGUUCAAAAUUGCAUCUGGAAAGGAAAAUGCAAAGGAAAUUCCAUCCUUGGAUCAAACAAGUAAUCUGAAAAAUCUUUCAGUUUUUUCAAAUUUGGAGGCUAAGAGACAGCAAGAAAAUUCAUGCUCAGAGACUUCUGAUGUGUCUAGUCAGACUAACAAAGAUAGUGUCUUACAACCUUGUCAAACAUUUGAAAAGUGCAGUCAAGGGAAAUUUCUCAGUGUUUCUGAACUUUCAACAGCCGUUGAUAAAUGUUGUGGCUCAGGUGCUAUUGACCUGGGAAAAGCAUUAAGAGGACUAGCUGCACCUGAAGAACAUUAUGCUAAUGACAAAACUGCUGAUUUGGCUGAUGGAUACCCUGUUUUAGGAAAUUUCUUAUCUGAAUGCAAUUUACCUGGCCAGAAGGUCCCUUUGGAUCUUACUAUAAAAACCAGUAUGCGAAUUGUAUCAUCAUCUAAGAACUGCUCAGUUAUGCGUGGCACCAUGCCUCAGUUAGCCUUCCAGAAUAGUUAUUUCAGGAGUCAAAAUGUGAGAGGUUCUGAUGGCCUACAUUCAUGGAUAUAUCCUCAAUCCAUUCUACCACCUUCUGUGAUAUCAGUUUUGAGCUCAUCAACAUCAGAUGGAGAAUUGGAUUUCUUAAGGAAACGACAAGUAGCUUGGGAAGAAUCCUUCCGGGACCUUUACUAUAUGCUUCGGAAGGACAUUUGUGGUCUUUUCUAUGUUUGCACUGCUCAGUUUGUGGUGAUGUUUACUGGUGGUGACAGCUCUGGAAAAUCCAAAUGUUCGUGCAAUGCUUAUAUCUCUCAGUCAACCCAAGGUUUAAGAUCAUUGCUACGAGAGCAUGAUGUCUGUUUCUCUAUGCCUCUUUGCCAUUCAAAAGUGGAACAGGUUGCAACUGAGGAUCUAGUUGAGCUGUCAGAGAUAGAGAAGCAAAACUUAGGACAGAUUAGGCGAUUAAGGUCAUUCUCUGAAGUUGAUAAUAGUUCACAAUCUUUGCUGGUAUUUAGUGGAAACAACAAUGUACAUGCUUUAUACGACCUUUUACUAAAUUACAGAUUUCUCUUGACUUCACUGUCUAGCAUGGACACUCCUGUCUUGUGCUCGCCUGUGCCAUUUCAAAAUUCUGCUUUGUCUUCUCCUGACAUUAAAUAUACGGAAACAAGAAGAGCUGAGGACAUUGCUGCAUCUUAUAAUGGGUCUAUAUGGAAAGAUGGGGAGUCUAUACAAGGAUCUUCAGAUGGCCUUUGUACCAUUGAAAUUAAGGAUGCUCUUCUUCCACCUUGGAUUAUUUGUCGUAUGUGUGCAUUAAUGUCCUCUGAAGGAAGAAGCUUUGAAGCAAGUUUUGCGACAGAUUUUAACUCAAUUGGGUUGAAUAUUGCCUUGAAAUCAAUGUGUGAGAAGGCGAAAUCUGAAGCCGGAGAUAGUGAAAGUUUACAAGAGGGCAUAAAUACUUUUGGCAUUCCAGAAACUGUAGUCACUCCUCAAAUGUGUUCAUCUUCAUUAAAAGGUGUAAAGUACAGUGAUGGUUCUUAUAUGGCAUCGCUAUCUCCCGCAUAAUCUUGUCAAGACAAGGAACUUACAUGUAUCAUGUUAAUUUAUUUAAAUGGCUACCCGAUCCUGGACCCUCCAAGAAAUUAACGAGGUGUUGUACAUCUAAAUCCAAAACUAUUGGAACAUCCCAACUGUGUAGCAAAUUUUGGCAAUUGAUGACUUUGAAGCAUCUUAUUCACAAUUAAAAAACUAUGACGAGUUUCAAACUGCUGACUUAUUGUGUCUCUAUACAUACAUUCAAAAGUUUUGUACUCAAGAACAUGUAAUUUGCCAAGUUAACUCAACACUGCAAAUUUAUGUAUUCAUGCCCAUUGAUCUUGAUAAGGAUUCAAUUGAUCUGUGCAGAAGCACAAUUUAUUACCACA